ACGCUCCAAUCUGAUCAAUAACAGGUGAUUUACAGCUUUUAACAAAAGCUGUAAAUAAAGACCAAAACAAAACUACUUGUCGUUUAGUCGCAACAGCUCCCCCUGCUGCUUAGCGUUAGGAAUUGCUGGAACUGAACGUUUUACUUGCUACGUACUGGUACUAAAAUCAAUAUUCUGAAGACAAAUACAUGUCCAUAUUAUUCUUAUAAACACUUUAAAACUAUAGAAAAAUGAAGCUCAAGGAAUUUCAAUAAUUACUUUGUUCAUGUUGCUUCAAUGUUGACCAGAGAUUAUUGUUCCUGAAGACAUAACUGGUAAUAUUCCACUGACCUGUUAUCACUACUUUAAUGUCUGCAUGUUGCGUUAAAUUGAUGCCAUUUAAAUGAAGAGAAAUUUUACAGCAAAGUUUUAACUGAGAUAAACUCAAAGAAAUGAUGAAAGUUCUGGAUUUCAAACAGAUACUCAGCAGCAAAGCAAAUUAAAAAAUACCAGAAAAAUUAAUGGAUUGAUAAAUCCAAUAAUUCAUAUAAUUUCCAACAAACAGGUCAGAAUGUAUUUCUAGUAUUUUUAGUGUAUGUUGAAAUUCAAAGCAGAUAUUUCAGAAAAAAAGAGUAAAAAACUGCAUUUGUUAUUAAAUCUAUAUUUAGAAACAUUAGUUGGUUCAUAAACCUUUUAUAGUUACACAUUUUUCUGGUGAUAAAUUUUCCCAUAAGUUAUUGACAUAAAGGAUAAUAUUGUUGUUUUGAGACCAUUUUCCAGUAAUGUAAUAAAGCAAGAACAGAUUCUCACAGAUCAGUAAACUUUAAAUUCUCAUAAACAUUUAACAGUGGAACUGAAAAAUAAAUAAACAUCAAAUAAAAUGAAUUAUGAAGUUUAUGGAAACUAAUUUAUCCUUCAAAAAACUAAAAAUUUUAAUUAUUCAGGAAAAAACAAAACAAUCCCAGAAAUAAAUCCAGUUGACCUCUGGCAGAAGGUCACACACACACACACACACACACACACACACACACACACACACACACACACACACACACACACACACACAGAGGUGUCUAGUUCUGAGAGUGAGUCUCUAUGUGACUCACUCUCAGAACCAGAACCCUGGAUCUGGGGAACGUUGAAUAUUUCGCUGGAGAAACAAAAAGCCCCUUCCUUUCUGCUGUCCGUUUAUCGUCUCCGGUUGCCAUGGCCACGGUUACCGAGGAGCCGGCCGGCAACCGGAGAAAGGAAACCCGAGCAGCAGAACCUGGAAGCCUCCAUCUUUAAUUCAUGGAGCGAAUGUUUAUCAGCAGCUCCGGGUCCGUGUUUCCAGACCCAAUCCGUCCGUCCAGCCGUCUGAAGCCCGUCUGACCCGUCUGGGCUCGGCGCCGGGGGAGGGGUGGCUCUCCGUUCAGACCGACUCUUUGUUCCCAGCAGACCCUCCAGCUGCAGUCGGCUCCGUCCAGGAUCUGGAAAACCGGGAAUUUCUUCAGCAGGACUGACUCUGGACCCUGAAGCCGGCGGUUCUGACCCGGAUCGAGGCCGGACCGCAGCCCGGUUUCACUGUUGGAGCGACAACAGCGGGUCGGAUCAGUUUCUGUCACCCGAGCAGCAGACAGGCGGAUCAGGGUUCUGACCGGGGCCGGGAUGUCCGGACGGGUCCGGAAGAGAACCUGAACAUGGCCGCCUGCGGACCGUAGAGCAGCCAGCAGAACCAGUCCGACCAGAGUUCCCAGCAGACGUUCCAGAAGAGUCCGUUGCCAUGGUGAACACGGGGAUGCAGCUGAUCAGCUUCACCUGCGCGGUGACGGGCUGGAUCAUGGCCAUUGCCGUGACGGCGCUGCCGCAGUGGAAGGUGUCGGCGUUCAUCGGGAACAACAUCCUGACGUCGGAGAUGAAGUGGGAGGGAAUCUGGAUGAACUGCGUGUACCAGACCACCGGACACAUGCAGUGCAAGACCUACGACUCCAUGCUGGCGCUGCCGCCCGACAUCCAGGCGGCGCGCGCCCUCAUGUGCCUCGCCAUCUUCAUGGGCUGGCUGUCCUGCACCGUGUCCUGCUGCGGCAUGAAGUGCACCACCUGCGCCGGCGACGACCGCCGCGCCAAGGCCGGCAUCGCGCUGGCCGGCGGCGUCCUCUUCAUCCUGACGGGGCUGUGCGUCCUCAUCCCCGUCUCCUGGACCGCCAACACCGUGGUGCAGGACUUCUACAACCCAAACGUUCCCGUCAUGCACAAGCGGGAGCUGGGCCAGGCCAUCUACCUGGGCUGGGCCGCCGCCGUCAUCCUGAUGAUCAGCGGCGCCGUCCUGAGCAGCACCUGCCCUCUGAUGGAGCGCGGCGGCCGCUACCGCCGAGGGUACAUCGGCAGGAGCUUCGCCAACUCGCCGGCGCCAGAGCCGCCGAAGCCCAUCGCCUCCAACAGCCUACCGAUGAAGGAGUACGUGUAGCAGGAGGAGGAGGAGGAGAUCUUCCUCACGCUGCUAAAACACAAACCCUCACCAAGUGAUUUCGUCUCGUUCUUUGAUUCUCUGGGAUUAAAAUUGAACCAACUUCCAACUCCGUUUGUCACAAUAACAAAUUAUAUGAUAAAUUAUCCCGAUAAACAAUAAAUCUAUUAACCACUUGACAAAUUAAAACGACAAGUAAUUUUUAUUUGCUUGGUUUUUCUCUUUCUACUUGAAACUGGAUGAUAAAAUUCUUCAGUUUGGUGUUUUUUUAAUAAUUGAUUUUAUUUGUUUUGUUUAUGUAUUAUGAAUAUUUAAAUCGUCAUCCAGCUCCACUGUUGAAUGUUUGUUGGAGUUUAAAGUGUAUUUGUCUCUCAGAGUGUGUUCUUGCAUUAUUUUUCUGUAAUUUUAUAACAAUAUUAUCGUUUAUCACAAUAACUUCUGGGAUAAUUUAUCGUCCAGUAAGAUGUGUUAUUGUGACAGACCAUUUCUAAGUUAAAUAACUGAUAAAUUAACUUUAAUUUUAUUAAAAUAACACUAAAGACUUGAACUGUUCAAUAUUCAAAAUAAAAACAAAACAACCAAAAACAAUAAAUAAACAAAUGGAUUAAACAAAACUGCAUCAUUUCCAUCAGAAUGGAAAUGAUUAUAAUUUAUGAUGCGACUGAUUGAGAAUCUGGACAGAAAUUCUUGGUAAUAUUUGUGUUUUUGCAGUGAGUCGUGAUCGUUUCCUGGUUCCUGAUCAGUUUCCUGGUUCCUGAUCCGUUUCUCUGGUUCCUGAUCCGUUUCUCUGGUUUGUGUUCAGUUCUUAUUCCUGAUGUGUCAGCGUGUGCUGUGGUCCAAUAAAACCAACUUAGACCUGAA